AUCGAAGGGACUUAAAAAUUCACUUACUACUUAAGAAGUUCUGCGAUGGCUAAAAACACUCGUCUGCGAUUUAGGUCGAAAUUGAGGAUGGAUGAUUUGUAGUUGGUUGAAAAUGAGAUAAAUAUUGUUUUUAUAUAAUUUAUAAAAAUGGCCGAAGUUCCAUUAAGCUUAGGAGAAAAAACGUUUAUUCUUCAUGGAGUUGAUGCGAAUUUUAGAAAUGACGGAAGAAAAAGAUAUGAAUAUCGAUCAUUUGAAAUUGAGACCAAUUUAAUGCAACAAACAAAUGGUUCAUCAAGAUUGCGUUUAGGAAAUACUGACAUUUUGGUUGGUGUUAAAAUUGAAAUUGAUUCACCAUAUAUCGAUCGACCAAAAGAAGGAAAAUUAGAAUUUUUUGUAGAUUGUUCAGCCAAUGCUACCCCAGAAUUUGAAGGUAAAGGUGGAGAUGAUUUGGCAAAUGAAAUAAGUAAUAUUUUGUCAUUAUCUUAUUAUAAUCCAUCUGUAUUUAAUUUAAGAAAAUUAUGUAUUUUGCCAUAUAGAAAAUGUUGGAAAAUGUUUGUUGAUAUUUUGAUAUUACAAUGUGGAGGAAAUCUUUUUGAUGCUGUAGGUAUAGCUGUAAAAGCUGCUUUAUACAGUACAGAAAUACCAAAGGUAACUGCUGCAUCUUUUGAUGGUGGAGAAGCAGAUAUACAAAUAUCAGAUGAUCCUUUUGAUUGCAUCAAAUUAGAUGUUAUAAAUUAUCCGCUUAUAGUUACUUUAUGUAAAAUAGGAGAAAAUUGUGUAAUAGAUCCUACUUCAGAAGAAGAAAUGUGUAGUCCAGCAAGUACAAUUGUAUCUGUAAUACCAAAUGGUAAUAUAACAUCUAUCAUCAAAAUAGGAUAUGGUAGUAUGCAGGAUACAACAUUAGUUAAAAUGCUAGAGGUAGGUAAAACCGUUGCACUUGCAUUAAAUGAUGCACUUAUAAAUGCAUUAAAAAAGGAAGCAGAACUUGGAUCGACGAAACCUAUAGUUGGAUUUCUCAAAUAAAAAAAAUACAACGCACUUACUUUUAUAUAUACACAAAUGUAAUUUUAAUGAAAAAAUUAUAUUAAAAAAUCAUGAAAAAACAUAAAAAACAAA